CCUCACUUCAAGACAUAGAUAUACAAUAGCCUACACACAUGCAUAGUCUUUGUUAUUUUUUCCUCCUGAUCCUGACCCAAGCCCGCUCUAGCAAUGUCAGUGUCAUUGGCAUCAUUGGGCAAAAUGUCAUCCUGCCCUGUCAGUAUGACACCCAAACUCACCCAAGCAUCCUGAGUGUCUGCUGGGGACGAGGAGAGGUGCCCAGGUUCCACUGCUCUGACACCAUCAUCUCCUCUCAGGAUGGGCUUGUACAUUUCAGCCAGUCCUCCAGGUACCAGCUGCUGGGGGUGACCGACGGAGAUAUGUCCCUGACCAUUCUGAACGCUCAGUGGAGUGAUGCUGGUGUGUACGGCUGCAGGGUCAAGAUCCCAGGAUGGUUUAAUGACUAUAAGGUCAAUGCGCACCUGGUCAUGGUGGAAGCUACUGUAGAAGAACCUGUUACCCAGGACUGGAUACCUCCUACUGAAGAUGAGCAAUCAGCUCUUUACAGAAAUACUGACAAACCUGCACCUAAAAGUCUAGAAGUUGGUGAGCCCUCAUUGGCUGCAAUGGGAAGAAUACCAGCAAAGGAAAAAUUCUUAAGCUUCCUGGACGUGGGGAACAUCGUCAGGAUGGGAGUUAUUUUCUUCUCCACUUCAAGCAUAAUAUUUCUCUUUACUUUCUGGAGAAGGUUUUGGCCAGAGAGGACACUUCAGCACAUCAACACCUCAGCUGCUGAGAACAUUUACGAAAGCAUCCAAGUGGUGUGAUGCUCUGCAUUAGUAAAAUAAAGUAUUGUACAGAUUUCUACAAGGACCUUCUGGGUGAAGAAGUGCCUGCUUGCCAUGUGCUGAUGCCUACCAUCUCCUCCUCCUUUGAAUUCUUGUCUGUGAAAUCAGCAAGGGGAUGAAACAGUAAAGCAGCUUACAGAGUCCCCCUGCUCUGAGAUAGCAGUGAAAAGGGUAAAUGUGUGUCAGAAGAUGCAAAAAUAUCCUGCUGCUUAAUCAAUUUGCUUUUAUCUUUAUCUGUUUCAUGGCAAAAUUAAUCUCAAACCCUGAAAAGCCUGUGGGUUGUGUGUGUCUGUGUGUGUGUAUUUGAGGGUGUGGGCACAGCGCCACCUGCUGGACAUAAUACAUUAUUACCAAGAUAUCAGUGGAGAACAUUCUACUCAUAAUGUGAGGUUGUUGGGUUGGAUAGGCAGAGUAAUGAGAAGGUGGGAGAAAUGUUUAUAAUGGUUUACAGUAUACUGUUAAUACUGUCAAUAUGUUCUGAAGGAAGUUAGAUGUAAUAUCUGCAUUGUGUGUUAUCAAAACUCAUAAAAAACAAAUUUUAGACAUAGUUAAGGUCCACAUGAAUGAUGUUUUGACUACAUUUUUGUCAAGAUUGUGUUCAGUUUAACUGGUCUGAUGAAAUGACUCCAUUUAAAUGGGAAUCACUGAAUACAUUUUCUGUUUCUGUCCCAAUCGCUCACUUUUAUUUUUUUCCAGGAAUCACUGAUAACACUGAUCUUUUUCAUAUUUUGGGUGUGUUGUUGUCUCUCUGACUUAAUGCAGCAAUACAAGCCAAAUUAAUGGAAUCAGAGGUGAAGAUGCAUUUUGCUCUAAAUGAGGCCGUGACCGUGUUUACCGAAAAUAUAAAUUUCA